UUUUCUUUGACCGAAGGAUGGAACCAAGUUGAUUCAUUCAUUCAUCAUGCAAAUGCAAAUGCAAAUGCAAAUGAAAUAAAUUUCAUUCCACUAUACUCAAACAUACCCCUGCGUCUGCUUUCGUUUAGUUCUCUCUUCUCUCUCUCAAACCUGAAUUCGGUUGUGAUAUAAACCUGCGUUGCGCUAAACGACACCGUUUUCACUGUCUCUGAGAAUGGAGGCACUAAGUCGCUCCGUGGAAGAAAUAUUCGAGGAUUUCCAGGGCCGAAGAGCCGGCAUCAUCAAAGCCCUUACCACCGAUGUUGAAGAUUUCUACAGCCAAUGUGAUCCUGAGAAGGAGAAUUUGUGCUUAUAUGGAUUUCCUAAUGAGCAAUGGGAGGUAAAUUUACCCGUUGAAGAAGUUCCUCCAGAGCUUCCUGAGCCUGUCCUAGGCAUUAACUUUGCUAGGGAUGGCAUGCUGGAAAAAGACUGGUUAUCAUUAGUUGCUGUUCAUAGUGAUACAUGGUUACUUGCCCUUGCCUUUUAUUUUGGAGCCAGAUUUGGAUUUGAUAAAACUGACAGGAAACGACUAUUCGGUAUGAUCAAUGAACUACCAACAAUAUUUGAAGUUGUUACUGGUGAAGCAAAGAAACAAGUUAAAGAGAAGUCUUCGGUUUCAAACAACAGUGGCAGCAAAUCUAAGUCUAACUCUAAAGCGCAGGCUUCCGAAACCCAGGGCAGACAGUCAAAGGCAUUACAAACAAAAGAUGAGGAUGAAGAACUAGAAGAGCAAGAUAACGAUGAACAUGGAGAUACCUUGUGUGGGGCAUGUGGUGAGAAUUAUGGUACUGAUGAAUUCUGGAUUUGCUGUGACAUCUGUGAGAAGUGGUUCCAUGGCAAAUGUGUGAAGAUCACCCCUGCUAGAGCAGAGCUUAUCAAGCAAUACAAGUGCCCAUCAUGCAGUAACAAGAGAGCUCGCUAAGCAAAUUUCCAUCAGGGACAAUAAACCAUUUGAGUCUUAACGAAUCUGAUUAAUAUUUUUUUUUUCUAGAUGUAGCUGAUGGAUAGUUUUUAUGUUUGACACAUGUAGAUUUCUUGUCUUUCUGUGGGAUUUAUGCUGUGUUGGUUGUCUGGGGGAAGUUCAUUCUUUUUCCAAGCCUUGUCCUAGCUAUGGAUCCACAUCGGCAUAAGCUUCAUAUGAAUGGGGUUGAAACCAUAAUCUCCUGGCCACCUUAAUACUAUGGAAAUGAAAGUACUUCGACAUUUGCACCAAAUGAAUGGGAUGACAUUUUAGCAUA